UGUGGGAUGCCCCGAGUACGCGCCUCCGGCUUCUGCUGCUGUCCUGACUUGCUCCGGAGUUUGGGUCCGAUGCGCUUCAGUCCUCAAUCUGAAAACUUUUCUACUGUUUCCGAAUCUUCACGGGAUUCCACAGAGAUUUCCUCCUCUGAGAACUCCAGUCAGGCACUGACUUAGCCACCUAUUCACCCUUCAGGGGUCCUCGAGCUUCUGCCCGAAGCUAAUUAAGUGAUGGACGCAGUAGCCAAGGAGACCGGCUGAUUGACAGGCACGAUUUACCAACCGACUCUGGAAACUCCAGUCUGUGUUUGCCCAACGCGUGGCCGGCAGUCCAAUUAAGAAAGUGGAAGCGCCAAAGGGGGCGGUCACGGGGCGGACUGGGUUGUGGUGGUUCCCUAGGAUUGUGCGCUGGAAGCUGAGGCGUCUGCGGGCAUCCGCACGAUGCCGUGACGCGGCAGCGCGGCUGAAUUGACCCCGCGAGCACAGCGCAGCCGGGGGAGUCCUCCGGCCCCGGAGGCGGCGCGGCGUGAAGGCGAAUCGCUGCUCGAGAGCUCUUCUCGCCAAGUCUUCGGUGGGUGGGGGAGGGGCGUCGGACGGCGAGCGGGCCGCCUGUGCGCUUGCGCGGGCACCUUUGCCGACUGGGGCUGCACGGGCGCGCAUGCUCAGAGCGCGCCGAGUCUCGUGGCCGCUGGCACUGCGCAGGCGCCGCGAGAAGCCCGCUAAGGAGCGGCGCUGUCGGAGGUCGGGCGGGCAGGCGGUGACGUCGUGAGGAGAGCUUUAAAGUGCGGGCCGGGCAGGGCGUCUAAGGGUCUGACCCGGAGUCUGGCCGGGUCUUCGCUGAAGCCCGCCUUCCACGGCAUGAGGCGCUGCCGGCGCCCUUGCUUCUCGGGACGUGGAGAAGGUGGAGGAGGAAGACGCCUUGCUGUCGCUUGUGCUGCAUGACCGGCCGCUGCUGAGGUUCGACCCCUUCCCGGCCCCUCUACGCCCCCGCCCCCGCCGGUUCCUUGGGCCACGCAUGGCGGCCUGGCACUGAGGGAACCCCCCGCUUCCCUCUCGGGCCCCCCGGGCGCGUCCCCUUAGAGCCAUGCCGGGCCGCCCCGGAGGACCCUAGAGUUGAGUUGCGGGGGCUAUGGCGGCCGCCAGCGGCUACACUGACCUGCGUGAGAAGCUCAAGUCCAUGACGUCCCGGGACAACUACAAGGCUGGCAGCCGGGAGGCCGCCGCGGCUGCAGCCGCCGCCGUGGCCGCCGCCGCCGCUGCCGCGGCCGCCGCCGAGCCGUACCCGGUGUCCGGGGCCACCAAACGGAAGUACCAGGAGGACUCGGACCCGGAGCGCAGCGACUACGAGGAGCAGCAGUUGCAGAAGGAGGAGGAGGCGCGCAAGGUGAAGAGCGGGAUCCGGCAGAUCCGUCUCUUCAGCCAGGACGAGUGCUCCAAGAUCGAGGCCCGGAUCGACGAAGUGGUGUCCCGCGCCGAGAAGGGCCUGUACAACGAGCACACCGUAGACCGGGCCCCCCUGCGCAACAAGUACUUCUUCGGCGAGGGCUACACCUACGGCGCCCAGCUGCAAAAGCGCGGGCCCGGCCAGGAGCGCCUCUACCCGCCAGGCGACGUCGAUGAGAUCCCCGAGUGGGUGCAUCAGCUGGUGAUCCAGAAGCUGGUGGAGCACCGCGUCAUCCCCGAGGGCUUCGUCAACAGCGCCGUCAUCAACGACUAUCAGCCUGGCGGCUGCAUCGUCUCCCACGUCGACCCCAUCCACAUCUUCGAGCGCCCGAUCGUGUCCGUGUCUUUCUUUAGCGACUCGGCCCUUUGCUUCGGCUGCAAGUUCCAGUUCAAGCCCAUCCGGGUGUCGGAACCUGUGCUUUCUCUGCCGGUGCGCAGGGGGAGCGUGACUGUGCUCAGUGGGUAUGCUGCUGAUGAAAUCACUCACUGCAUACGGCCUCAGGACAUUAAAGAACGCCGAGCGGUCAUCAUUCUCAGGAAGACAAGAUUAGAUGCACCGCGUUUGGAAACAAAAUCCCUGAGCAGCUCCACAUUGCCACCCAACUAUGCUUCAGAUCGCCUGUCAGGAAACAGCAGAGACCCUGCGCUGAAACCCAAAAGGUCCCACCGCAAGGCAGACCCUGAUGCGGCCCACAGACCCCGGAUCCUGGAGAUGGACAAAGAAGAAAACCGGCGGUCUGUGCUUCUGCCCACACACCGGCGGAGGGGUAGCUUUAGCUCUGAGAACUAUUGGCGCAAGUCCUAUGAGUCAUCGGAAGAUUGCCCAGAGGCAGCAGGCAGCCCCACCCGCAAGGUGAAGAUGCGGAGACACUGAGGCCCUGUGCCCACCUGGAACUCUGGCUAAUCCUGAUGUAGCUGCCCCAUCUUCUGUUUUGUUUGAGUGUUUUUUUUUUCUUUGUUGUUUGUUAUUUUGGUCCUAUAUACGUUUUCCUUGCUUUGUUGCCUAUUAAGGCUAAAGAACAGAAUUGGCGCAAGACCUGGGUUCUUAUGUUUUUGGCUUUUCUCCUUGAUGGAAAAGGCUGUUAGCUUCUGUAGGGGAACACUCAUACCAGAGUAGCCAGUCGAGACAGUGGGGACAGCUGUCUUCAAGUGGAAAUGUGUCAGACUAGGUUUAUUUAAACACACAAAAUGUUUUGGUUAAGGAAUUCUUGUUUGGGCUUUACAUGUAAAUCUUUGCAGUGUUUUAAACAAAGGUGAUUCUUUUGCCAGCCCUUUUCUUCCACUGAUGCUCAUGCUUGGAUGAGGUCUCUUGGAGCCAUACAGGUCCUGCAUUGGGCCUGCUACCCCUACAUCUCACCUGCUGUCCAGGUUCUGGAAGCUCAUGCAAAUACCCUGUUUUCCCCACAGUUCAGGUUGGCUGGAUAUGGGGCUUAAACAGUACCAGCCCCUGCCAUCCCAUUUCUGAGUCCCCAGGCUUCCUGCAUGCCCUCUAGCUUGCUCUGCCCACCAGUCCUAGGUGGUCAAGAGACUAGCACAGUGGUCCUGACCUCUUGCCAAGAGCAUACCUGUUUGCUGGGUUGCUCCUUUUAGGCCUAUGUGUGUGGUUGUAUGGGACAGUUAGACUUGCUGCAGUGGGUCAUUUGUAGGAAUUGUUUCUAGCUAGAGGAACUGAUUUGCUUCCAGUCUAGCGUUUGGGUUAUGGGAACUUGGGGCAUAUGGUAGGGCUUUGUUUCUUUUGUUCUGAGGUGUUUCCCCUCCCGUUAGUCUCUUGGCUUUCUCCUUUUCUUUUCUCCUCAGUUGGCCAUCUUGGUUCUUUUUUCCCCUAUAUCAUCUAUCUAAGAAGGUGUGUCCGUCCUCUCUUGUCCAUGUAUAGCUUAUAUCCAAGGCCAGAAGUCAGACCUGCAUAUUGGGUUGGUACUUUGUCUGCCUCAGGGGCAUGGGUGCUGAGGAAGGAACUUUGAAAAUAAUAGAAAGUUAAAAUCUUUGACACUUUCGGCCUGCUCGGAUCCUGGAAAGCUGUAGGGUUUGCUGAUGCAGGUUCAUUAAGACUGUCUUUGGCAGCCAGACAAGGACUAAGCCUGCCAAAAACAGGCCUUCUGAGCAACCAUGCCACCACCACUCCAGAGGUGCACAGAGGCCUGACCUCGGGCCUCAAUGGCUGCAGAGAUGGAGAACAGCCAGCCAGCAGGAAAUCCUUCUUUGGGGUCAGAAUUCUUUUGCCAAUGUAGAGAGCCUUCAAGUUGAGACUGCAUAACUGAAGCAGUUGCAGGUCUUCUGUGGUUUUGGGAUGUUUUUGUUUUAUUUUUGUUUUUGUUUUGUUUUGUUUUUUUACUGCUCUUUUCCCUCAAAAAAUGAUUUGUAGUUGUGUGUGCAGCACUUUGCCCUAAUAUGUGUGUGCUCUACAAUAAAAAACAAAUCUAAUAUA